UGACGGAAGGAAGCGUGUUCUGCUGUGGUGUCAGUGAAGCAAGUCGAAAAAGUUUUGUAAAAACGUUAGUUUGUUAUAAGUAAAUAUUGCCAGAGUUUUGUCGUCGUGAACUUUAGAAAGUGAACUCCAGAAAGUCAUUCAUUCGAUCUUUACCGGACACUGAGGCAGAAAAGUUAGCUUUGUAAGUUAGCUGCAAAGCUAAAAACAACGGUAGCUAACGGCGUCUGUAAAAAGAGCUAGCUUCAUUACUUUCUCUCAGAGUUACACGUUGACUGUCACUUAACAAUGCAAAACCAUGGUGGUCUUAAGAGAGGGAAUGUGUCCGGGACUGGAUGCGGAUUUACUGCUUGACCUGCGCGCUGCUGAUAUUAAAACAGUGGAGGACGUGGUGUCAUCUGACAUUGAGGAACUUGCUCAGAGAUGCUCUGUGUCAUAUAAGGCUCUGUUUGCCAUCCGCCGAGUGCUGCUGGCCCAACACACAGCUUUCCCCGUGUCAGGCGCUGAUCUGUAUGAAGAACUAUUGAGCUCAACAGCCAUCCUCUCCACUGGAAAUCCCAGCUUAGAUAAACUGCUGGAUUCAGGCUUGUAUACUGGAGAGAUAACAGAGCUGUCAGGAGGCCCAGGAAGUGGCAAAUCUCAGGUGUGUUUCGGAGUCGCUGUGCACAUUUCUUACCGGCUAAAACAGAGUGUAGUAUUCAUCGAUACGACAGGGGGGCUGACUGCCAGCCGCUUGCUUCAAAUGCUAAAAGCUGAAACAAGUAACUCAGAGGAGCAGAUGGAAGCUCUCCAGAGGAUCCAUAUCUACCGUUUGUUUAACGUCUUCUCUUUACUCGACUGUCUGUACAGCCUUCGCGGUGGCGGGCUUCAGCAGGUGUGUGUUGGCGGUGGCUCUGUGAAGGCAGUGAUCGUGGACUCAGUGUCAGCUGUUAUCUCUCCUCUACUGGGAGGCAAACAGAAUGAAGGCAUGUCCUUGAUGAUACAAGUGGCAGGAGUUCUUAAGACAAUGGCAAAGGACUUCAAUGUUGCUGCUUUGGUUACAAAUCAUGUGACGAGAAGUGGUAGCGGGGAGGUGCAGCCAGGCCUCGGUGUGUCGUGGAGUCACAUCCCCAGAACCAGGAUCCUGUUGGAGCGAGUAGAGAGGGCUGCAGCCGUCAGCCACUCCACUCUGCGCUCUGCAACGUUGAUCAAGUCUUCCAGACAGCCUUGUCACAUCAAAGAAGACUUUGACUUGCAGUGGUGGAGUCGCUCCGCAGAAGGAUCCUCAGGAAAGAGAAAACUGGAUGAGACUGAUUCCUGACGAGAGCCAACUAUAAUCCUAUGACCAAAGG